CCACAGACGGUCCUCCAGCUCCGAGCAGCACGGCGUGAAGAUGGUCGGCGGCUUGUGUGCUCGCAGGCUGGCCCGCCGGUCCCGGUCCGCCCUGAUAGUGGCCCUCACGGUGCUGCUGGUCCAGACGCUGAUUGUGUGGAACUUCAGCAGCCUCGACUCCGGCGAAGACCGAGAAAACGGAGGCUCCAGCGUGCGGGAGAAGAGGGACCGGGUCGCGGGCAACAAAGCCGCUGGCAGCGACUAUUUCCAACACGGGGUCCAGCAGCAGCAACGGCAGCAUCUUCCUCCGCCUGGGAAGGGGACGUCUCGCCACAUACAGCAGCCGGACGGAUAUUACUCCCACCGACCGAAGGAGAAAAGUAGAGUGGACAGCAACAACGAAAACUCUGUGCCCAAAGACUUUGAGAAUAUUGACAAUAGUAACUUUGGUGCACGCUCACAGCCACACCGGCAGUCUGUGGGCGCCACCAGCAGCAAGCAGCAGCGGGAGCAUCUGCAGGAGAAAGCCCACGCCCAGCAGCAGACCUGGCGGGACAACACCCCGAGUCUGAGCCGCAGCUCAAACGAAGUGUUGCCUGUAGGCCACCAGCCUCUGGCGGUCGGUAACAAUGCCUCUUACCCAGGCGGUCAAGGCGGAGCGGGAGGUUCGCGGCAACACGACCACUCGCAGGCCCAGCAGGCCCAAUCACAGCACAGACAUCAACACCCGCACAGGAGGCAAGCGACCGCAGCGCCGCUGGGGGUGACCUACGACGAGCCACCAAAGUGCGAGAUCACUGGGAAGGAAGCCAUUUCAGCUCUAUCCAGAGCCAAGAGCAAAGAGUGCCGGCAACAAAUUGCUGAAGUGUACUGCAGACACAAGGAAGGGCAAUUAAUGCCUGAGACGGUCACUCGCUACUGCCCCCUCGAGGGUAAAGCCAAUGCUAAUGUCCAGUGGGAUGAGGACUCUGUUGAGAGCUUUCCAUCAAAACCAGUCAGAAUAGCGUUUGUGUUGGUGGUCCAUGGACGAGCCUCUCGACAGUUUCACCGCCUCUUCAAAGCCAUCUACCACAGCUCGCACUACUACUACAUACAUGUCGAUCAGCGCUCUAACUACCUGCACAGGCAGGUGCACUCCUUGGCUGCCCAGUAUUCCAAUGUGAGGGUGACACCCUGGCGCAUGGCCACCAUCUGGGGUGGUGCCAGUCUGCUAACCAUGUAUCUUCGCAGCAUGGCUGACCUGCUGGCCAUGAGGGACUGGAGCUGGGAUUUCUUCAUCAACCUCAGUGCUGCCGACUACCCCAUCAGGACCAACAACCAGCUGGUGGCCUUCCUGUCCAAAUACAGAGACAUGAACUUCAUCAAGUCCCACGGCAGGGACAACGCCAGGUUUAUCCGUAAGCAGGGUCUAGAUCGUCUGUUCUUUGAGUGCGACACCCACAUGUGGAGGCUGGGUGACCGUAAAAUCCCAGAAGGCAUCUCGGUGGAUGGCGGGUCCGACUGGUUCCUUCUCAACCGCAUGUUCAUCGAAUAUGUCAUCAACUCCAAGGACGACCUGGUCAUCAACAUGAAGCGCUUCUAUGCCUACACUCUGCUGCCAGCCGAGUCGUUCUUCCACACGGUGCUGGAGAACAGCGCCCACUGUGAGAGCAUGGUGGAUAACAACCUGCGCAUCACCAACUGGAACCGCAAACUGGGCUGUAAGUGCCAGUACAAGCACAUCGUCGACUGGUGUGGAUGCUCCCCGAAUGACUUCAAACCUGCAGACUUCCACCGCUUCCAGCAAACGGUGCGGCCCACCUUCUUUGCCAGGAAGUUUGAAGCCAGCGUGAACCAGGAGAUAGUGAACCAGCUGGACGCCUACCUGUUUGGACCGUUUCCCCAGGGAACGCAGAGCAUAAAGUCGUACUGGGAGAACGUCUACGACGAGCCAGACGGUGUCGCCAGCCUGUCGGACACGCAGCUCACGUACUUCCACUCCUUCUCACGGCUGGGCCUGGCCAGAGCUGCCGCCUCGCUGCAGGGAAACCCAAAAGAUCACAGCUGCAGGUACUUCCCCAUGGGCCAUCCGGUGUCGGUGCAACUCUACUUCCAGUCAGACCAGUUCCAGGGCUACCUGGUGAAGCACCAUGCCACCAAUCUGGCAACUAGCAAGCUGGAAACCAUGGAGACCUGGGUGGCACCCAAGAAGAACUUCAAGCUAACCGCCCCUCUGAGCAGCACAUUCAGCAGGUUGCAGUUUGCAGAGAUCGGUGCUGAGUGGGAUGCCAAAGAACGUUUGUUUAGAAACUUGGGUGGCCUGUUGGGCCCCAUGGACGAGACGAUGGGCAUGCAGAAGUGGAGCAAGGGCCCCAACGUCACCGUCACAGUCGUGUGGAUCGACCCCACCAACGUCAUCGCGGCCACCUACGACAUUCUGAUCGACGCCAGCGCCGAGUUCACCCACUACCGCCCGCCGCUCAACCAGCCUCUGCGGCCCGGUCUGUGGAGCGUCCGCAUCCUGCACCACUGGAGCCCUGUGGCUGAGAUGCACUUCCUUAUUGCCCCGUUGGCCUAUAACAAGCACCAGCCCAUACGACAAGAGGACACUCUGAAGCAACACAACGGGCCAGCAAAGAACAGCUACAUGGAGCAGAGUUUCCAUGGCCUCAACCCAGUGCUCAACAUCCCUGUCAGCCUGGGAUACAUGGAGCAGGCCAAGAGGAACGCGGCCCUGACCGGCCCAGAGCUCGAGCGCUGGUUAGACAGCCUGGUGGGCGAGUUGUGGGAGGCGGCCGACGUCUGCGCCGUUGGCCCUACCGCCUGCCCUGUCAUGCAGGCCUGCCCCAAGAACCCUUGGAGCUCCCUGAGCCCAGACCCAAAAUCCCACCUGGGAACACCACGCGCAGACGGGCGCAUCAGGUAGCACCGAGGCCUCCAGCUGGACGGGAGGCCACAGCACAGGAGAUUCACUGUUGAUUUUUAUUUAUUUAAGGGGUUUGCUGCAGGUGGAGUAAGGAAAAGUGUUCUUCCCUCCUUCUCGGGUGGAGAAGAAAACAAAAGGAAAAGUGGAUUUUUUUGAUGAGGUUGGUGAGGGUGUGUGGACAAAAAGCAAGGAGAAUGAUUUUUAGAUCCUCCCACGGGGUUCCUCCUUUUAGGGGAUUAUGCUGGCUUUGCUAUUUCAGUUUCUCAGUGUAUUUAUUUUUUCUUCUCAUGGCUGAGUUUUACUGUGAUCAAACGUUGCAAUUUUCGAGCAUUUAUUUUGCUGCUGAAUUAAAUAUGAAGUCAGCUUUCGAAGCCCUGCACGGGUCAGUGGUCAUGUGGCACUGGUAGCGGAAAAGUACUGCAAAAAAAAAAGCCUUAGCUUUAAGAUCGCCUGGUACUGAACAUAAACAAAGUGAGACGAUAUCUCCACCAAACAUUCAAGAAAUAUUAUUUUGAUACGACUCAAAUGCAGCACCAUUCAAAAUGUAUGGAGAAAUUUAAAUCACAAAUAUUUUAGCAUUAUUAAAGCCAAUUCCUUUAAAACUCUCAGAUAUCAGUAGAAUAAAUCAGUAACAGCAGCUCAACUUAUUUCAGUUCGGUGCCUGAUCCUCGAACCAUCUGCUGCAGUCACGUUUCGUAAAUAUAGAAAAAGAGAAAUGCAAAUACUGAGGCCUUUUAAAAAUAAUUACACCAAUUUGGAUUUUCAAAUCAAUUUAAUGUACAUGUCAUUUUAAUGUAGACAUUUUAGUGUUCUAAAUUGAUAAAUGCUUACUUUGUGGUUGUUCUGCAAACGUAUUUUAAGACUUAACAGUUAGAUUAGGUUUAUUUUAGUAAAAACCCAGAUGUUGCGACCGGCAGAGGACGUCUUAGGUUUUCUUACCAACCUCCCUCAAACUUGAAACAGUUAUCUCAAGCUGACCUUAAAAUUCUCAUCCAUGUUUUCAGUGUUUUACUUUAUUCCUUUAAUUUCAGUGACACUAUGUUUUACAUAAUUAGACAAGAAGUCUAAAAAAUGGUGUGAAUGAGUGGUGGUGAGUCCAUGAGUCGCUAUUUAUUUAUACGUUUAUAUUAAUACUUAAUAGUUUUAGUCAGUGACUAAAUAACUGCGACGCUGCCUUGGCAGCAUGAUCAAUAUUUGUUUUGUAAAGAAAGCUGCCUUUAUUUACAAAGGCCAACACCCCAAACUUAUACUGUUCCUUUAUAUGGCCCGCACCUGCGUGUUAGUCAGUGUUGUCCUGUCUGAAUAGAUCUUCUUGUCUUGGUUUCUUACAUGGCUGUUUGCCAAGUACAUCACAAGAGAAAGUCACUCUGACCUGUGAGGUCAGAGGUCAGCUAUACCGAACAACCUCACCAAACAGCGAAGAGGAACAAAAACGCUCUUCAUGACCGACCACGUUGGACAACUUCUGGAUCGAAGGAGAAACUGCUUGUUGGUGUUAUAUGAUUCCUGUCAGUUACAGAAUGAUAGUGAGUGGUCGUGAUCUUCAUGCUGUGACAAUAAUGUACAAUUUCACGUGAAUAUUAUAUUGUGUCUCGAUUGCAAAAUGCAUAAUUUAUUAAAUCAAAUUUAUCAACAUUCAAAGUACCUUUUCUGCCAUCAAGACAAUCUCUGGACAUUUGAGAUUACGCUGAGAGUAUCUCUGCACCACAACACAACCUAAACAAGGUUCGCUCAAAUAUUUGUUUUACUCUGAAAUAAGUUUCAUCUGCAGCCAAUAAGGAGUUCAAUCUGUGAUUGUCAACAUUGUUUAGCCACCACACACAAGCUAAGCGAGUGUUUCUGCACAAGCUGAUUAAGAGACAUUAAUGUCCAUUAAUGUCAAGUUCACCUUGCCUCGCUGUCGGAGGUGUCCUUCCCUCUCACUGUUUAGUUUUUUCGUUUAGUUUUUUCACUGGCCGGCUUCUGCCGCCACCUUUUAACUUACAGUGCCACCAUGCUCAGAACAAUACUUCACACAAUACAUAUUAUUAUGUAAGCUCAAUGACGGUUUUGGAAGAAGGUAAAUUAAAUAAAUGUAACUCAAUGUGGAAGUCCUAUUUUGUAACAAAAUGAAUAACAAAUGAAGAAGAUGUACAUAGGUAUUUUGUAUUGAAAUAUUGUUGAAACGUUAUUGUACAUGUAAAUACAGAUGUGGUAAAAUGACUUUGAAUUAUUAAGAGUUUUUGAAGGUGUCAAUAACUGGGCACAAAGAGUGAAUUGAUGGUGUUUAUUGAUCAAAGUACAUAACCUGUUUCUGUGUUUUUGGACAGCUGGGACAACAACCGUGUCCUAUUUGCCUCUCAGAGAAAAUAACAUGCCAGAUUGUUGUUGUUCUUGCUGGAAUGUAUUGUUGAGCAACUGUUGCACAAAUUUCUCUGAACUGACGUUUCCCCAUUGUUUUGUUCUGGGGAGGCUCUGUGUGCCUUAGCUGACUUUUAGAAACCUUCUCUGUCCAUUAAAAGAAGAAAAACAACUUUAUUUUGUUAUUUGUUUUGAUCUUAUGUGAAGAAUACCAUGAGUUUGUCGAGUGAGUCACUGGUACUGCAACACCAAAAAAGAUGUCUGCUGUUGUAUAUAUCAUCAGGCCUUGUGUCUUUAUCAGCUUUUAUUUUUUAUUUUCUUCCCGAUGGGGGAUUUGUUUUGUUGUACUUGACUGGCUUGUCUUACUUUUCUCUGACUUUUUUUUGGAAAUAAAAUUAUAUG